AUGAGAGUUAACGCUCGUGGCUAUCUCUUAAUCGCAUGCGUGAUGGCGAUGUAUUCCGUUUCGAAUGCCCAGUUGCAACCAGAGUCUUGCUUCACUGAAGGGUGCUGGAACGUAGAUGCAAAAACGGCCGAAAAAGUUGCCGAGUGCUGCAUGGCCAAGGGAGGCAGGUCGGCGGAUUUGUUAUUGUGCUGCAUGACAAGCUGCCAGUUUGGAUCCCCGUGUCUUUGA